CAAAGCUUGACGCUCGAUGCGUCUCCGGAAGGACGCCGUGCAGGUAACCGCAGCGGAGUAGAGUUCCGCAGAUCCUCUUCAUCGUCCGUUGAAACGAACCCAAGUCUGAGCCUGCAGGCAAAAAAAGCCUUUACCAAGCGUCCAUUUCCCAAUUAUGGAGGAUAGUGAAGGAAAUCCAAAAAAGCAACUGAUUUCUGAGCUUCACCAGCUUGCUGCUAAUGGAAACAAAGCCAGGCUUACAACACUUCUGGAUCAUGCUCCUUCUCUUAUCAAUGAAACUGCUAGGAAUGGUUGGACGGCCCUAAUGUAUGCGAGUAGAAAUGGUCACUUUGACAUUGUGCGAGUUCUUCUUGAUAAGGGGUGUGACAGGUUCAGAACCAAUACUUCAAACCAGACUGCAUUGGAUAUUGCUAGAUUUUGGGGCUAUAAAAACAUAGCUAAUUUAUUAGCUAAUGUGGAAGGUGGAUUGGAACCAUUUUUCUUCACUUAUCAAGUCAAAGAACAGGAGUAUUAUUUUUGCAAGACAUUUUUGGAUAGGAAAAGUGAGAAGAGAGUAGAUUCAAAGUGGCUGAGCAUGAAACAGAAGGAACCAACAACCAUAUACAUCAUUUUUUCAAAUUUAAAUCCUUUAGUUAUAUCAGAUAAUGGUGAACGUAGUUUCCAAUAUCCAAAGGUUAAGCUUGGUAAAUUUUUCUAUAAGGAUAUAAAGAGUUAUCUGGAGCAGACUAAAACUAUCACUACAAUUUUUAUGGGAGUGGAACCUCAAAGAAUAAAUACAAACGAUUCAAAUACAGGCAAAGAAGAUGAGAAUGGCCUAAUUACCUGGUUUGCACUUAGUAUAGAUGCUACAGCAGCUGAUAGUUUUUUACAAGAGCAUCCUGGUUGUUAUUUUCUUCAUCCACCAAUGCCUGCACUGUUGCAAUUAUCUGAAAAUGAAGCUGGAAUCAUCGCUCAGGCUCGAUCUGUGCUAGCAUGGGACAACCGGUAUCAAUUUUGCCCAACAUGUGGCAGUGGAACUAAAUUAGAAGAUGGAGGCUACAGGAAAUUGUGCUUAAAAAAAGAUUGCCCCAGCCAUCAGGGAAUUCAUAAUACAUGCUUCCCAAGAGUUGAUCCUGUAGUAAUAAUGCAAGUUAUUCAUCCAGAAGGCAACCAUUGCCUUUUGGGAAGAAAAAAAAGAUUUCCCCCAGGCAUGUUCACUUGCCUUGCUGGAUUUGUAGAGCCUGGUGAGACAAUUGAAAACGCUGUUCGAAGGGAAGUAGAAGAGGAAAGUGGAGUUAAAGUGGGCCGUGUUGAGUAUGUCUCUUGUCAGCCAUGGCCAAUGCCCUCCUCCCUAAUGAUUGGAUGCAUAGCAGCUGCAGUGUCUACCGAAAUUAAAGUUGACAACAUUGAAAUAGAAGAUGCCCGCUGGUUCAGUAGAGAACAGAUAAUAGAGAUCCUCAGCAAAAAGAAUCAAAAUAUUUUUGUGCCACCACAUCAGGCCAUCGCUCAUCAGUUGAUAAAACAUUGGAUUGGAAUGAAUGCUAAUCUUUAAAUUCAGCAAGCUAUAUAUUUGCAUUGCAUCAUAACUGCAUCUUUUAAGAUAAAAUUAAACUUAAUGUAAUUAUAGUA